AUGGACGAACCGCGCUCUCACGCAGAGGAGAAGCAAGCUUCUCAGAGUACACAGACGCGGAAACGACAGCUAGACGACAACGACGCCGAGCCACGAACAAAGCGCGCACGAUUAACGCGAAAGAACUUGGCUCACUUCAACAAGAUGGGCAGGAAGAAGACCUCAGACCCCUCGGACGAUUCGGGAUCGACAAAGACCCUCUCGACAACGGCGUCUGGCUUUGGUACCCAGGCCCGAAAAAAUGGUAUCCUAGAUCCCAUCAGCUCCAAACCGCCCACAAACCUCGAGGAUAUCCGCGAGCGGCUCGCCAGAUCCCGUCAGACCGCUUCACCCCCCGAGUCAGUGUACAGGCAGUACGCCCGCACAGUCGCGACAGCCCAUAGCGAAGCGACCAUGGUCGUCAAGGCUGGCGGGAAGCUGUUGAAGGAAUAUGAUGACGAUGGUUAUCAUCAAGAAUUCAAUCAGGCAUUCAUAGGCUAUCCAAAAGAUGCCGGCUUCAAUAAUAGACUCUCUGCUCCGCAGCCCGACUUUAUCGAGGGACUUGAGAUGGAAGAGUUCCAACCAUUUCCAGUCGACGACGUCAGCGGGGCGGUUCUCUAUAAGGAUGACCGCCGUUCUGUAACACUACCGCAUAUUGCAGGAGAGUGGAAGGGCCGCGGAAAGGAUAUGGAAGAGGCAGCGCUACAGAGCUCCUAUGAUGGAGCAGCUCUCGUCUAUGCAAGGAACCAGGCCCUUGCCUACCAGGGAAAGUCCGACCCUCCCGGCCACGCAAACGUCACAACUUUCACCACGAAUGGUACCCUGCUCAACCUGUACGCUCAUUAUGCAGCCCCAUCAGCCGAAGACGAAGACACACUUGAGUACCACCAGUAUCCCAUCUCAACAACGGAUAUCAAGGGUACCUACCAGGGACACAAAAAUGGCAGAAAAGAGCUCAGGAACGCCCAGGACUACGCGAAGCAACAGUCAUAUGCCAUGAGAGACGAAUUGAAGGAACAUUGGAAGCAAAACCGCAAUAAACUCCCACCAGUCGCCGAAGGAGUUCACCUACCGGACGUGGAACCACCGCCGCACGCAACAGAUGGAUACGAAGACGCGAGCCCGCACGUACUGCAAGAAGUAGAAGUAGAAGACGAAGACGACUAUGAGAUAGUCCAGCCAACGACACCCAGAGAGUCUUCGCAUCACUCAAAGUCAUCGCAUCGUCACCACUCAUCGUCGCAACACUCUUCGAAAUCGCACCACCACUCGUCGCAUCACUCGUCGCCACACCACUCAUCCAAAUCAUCGCACCACUCAUCCAGUCACAGCAGCACCCACAAACGAAAAGCCUCAUCCUCACAGACAUCCUCCCACGGAGCCUCCGCACACGCAAGCAAACAUGGAAGUUACUGGAAGAAGAACUCCGAAGGCCAUUACUACCACAAGCAUUCGGACGGCACGGUCCAAUGGUACGAUGAUGUCAAGGACCACCACCGACAUUGA